AUGUCUACCGAGAUCAAGGAGCAGGUUACCCUCGUCACCUCUGACGAGGAGUCAUUCAAGGUCGAGAAGAAGGUCGCCGAGCGCUCUCAGCUCAUCAAGUCGAUGAUGGAGGACCUCCCCGGCCAGAGCGACGAGCCCAUCCCUCUCCCCAACGUCUCGUCGGCUGUCCUCGUCAAGGUCCUCGAGUACUGCGACCACCACAAGGACGAGCCCCUGCCCGCCGCCGACGCAAACGAUGCCGACGAGUCGCGCCGCAAGGCCUCUGACAUCAGCGAGUGGGAUGCCAAGUUUAUCCAGGUCGACCAGGAGAUGCUCUUUGAGAUCAUCCUCGCCGCCAACUACCUCGACAUUAAGCCCCUCCUCGACGUCGGCUGCAAGACUGUCGCCAACAUGAUCAAGGGCAAGACCCCUGAGGAGAUCCGCAAGCUCUUCAACAUUGUCAACGACUUCACCCCCGAGGAGGAGGAGCAGAUUCGCAAGGAGAACGAGUGGGCCGAGGACCGCUAG